UUGAAGGAAGGUGCAAAGCGGUAUGGUUUAGAAAAAGUACUUCACAAUAUAGGAGUACACGAUGAUGAAGAUAUAUCGUGCAAAACUCCAAGUGGCGAUGCUGGUCAGUGCGUGGAAAUAUUUGGGUGUCGACCUCUGUUAGCUGCAUUGAACAAACCAUACAAAACAUCACAGGACUUCGACAUCGUAAAGAAAUCACACUGUGGAUAUAGACAAAGAAUUCCAAAGGUUUGCUGUCCGGUUUCGUGGCCAGUGCCGACAUCAGAAAGAAAAUGCCUAACACCCGACGGUCACGAAGGAAAAUGUAUCAGCUUGAAUUAUUGUUCUCAUCUCAAUAGUAUUAUGACGCAACUUCCGAUGUCCAAUGCAGCCAAAAUGUUUCUUAGAAACUCAAGAUGUAACGGUCCAGCUAAAAUAAGCGUAUGCUGCGGCCCACCACCCACUGCAACUGCAACCACCACUACAACUGGAGCAACCACUACAACUGGAACAACGGUAACGCGGCCCGGAGAAUGUACUCCAUCAGCAGCUCCCCCCGACCCGCGCACCGGAUGCUGUGGGCUCGAUGGCGGGAACAACAAUAGGAUUGUUGGAGGAAAUGAAACGGCAAUAGACCAGUAUCCUUGGUUGGCGCUCAUCGAGUACACAGACGGCUCACGGAUCAAACUGCUCUGCGGUGGAGUUUUAAUCAGUGGGAGAUACGUGCUUACCGCAGGCCACUGCGUCACCGGGGCUGUACUUGAUGUAGGGACACCAAUCAAUGUACGACUUGGCGAAUAUGAUAUAACGAAUCCUGGGCCCGACUGCGUGGAAGUCGAAGGAGGCGGUAACGACUGCACGGCUGGUGUUUUAAUACUGCCGAUCGAACACCUCAUUCCUCAUCCAAACUACAGUCCGGGUAGCAGACUACGAAGGAACGAUAUUGCUUUGAUCAGAAUAAGUCAGACGGCUCCGUAUACAGAUUUCAUUCGUCCCAUUUGCCUACCGACUACGGAUAUAACGAUAUCACCACGUUCUGAUACGAGGCUGUACGUGGCUGGUUGGGGCGCAGUCGACACGGCCAGGAGCAGCAGCGAUAAAAAAAUGCACGUCGAUCUACCCUACAUUUCGCGGAAUGAAUGUGAAGCAAUAUACAGUCAGCCGCAAUUAAACAUGGCUUUAUGGAAGGGACAGAUAUGCGCCGGGGGCGAGAUUGGAAAGGACUCGUGCAAAGGAGACUCCGGCGGUCCGCUGAUGUACGAGAACGGACGACUCUACGAGGUGGUCGGCAUAGUGAGCUUCGGCCCGACUCCCUGUGGCCAACUUAAUAUACCCGGUGUUUAUACCAAAGUUUAUGAAUACCUACCAUGGAUUCGUAGCCAGAUCAAGCCGUAG